UCUUCUAAUUGUUUCCAUAAUUUCUCUAAUCUGUGGUGUACUUUUACUAUUCAUUCCUAUUUUUUGCUCGCUUUUCGUUUUCUUAUAGAUUGGUCAAAAUACCUAAUUUAAAUUAUCGGUAAAAUUUACUAUACGUAUGUUAUAAAGAAAAAAGAUUGUAGAAUCGUCGUUGUGUAACCAUUUCUAAGACUGUGAAUAUUAAUAAGGUGAACCAGGUUAUCAUUAGGGUAAAAAAAUGGCAGUUCUUGCUGCUGCUCAAUUGUUAGAUGAAUUGAUGGGUCGACAUCGCAAUACAAAUCCAAACGAUAAAGUUAAGAAGCCAAAUUGGGAGGAUCCAGAAUACUGCAAAUACUACAUGGUCAAAUUCUGCCCUCAUGAUUUAUUUGUGAAUACCAAAGCUGAUCUUGGUGUGUGCCCUAAAGUACAUGAUGAUGAAGUUAAAAAUUUAUUUGAGAAGACAGAGAUGUCCUACAAAAAAGCUCAGUAUGUAGAAGAAUUCUUACGAUUCUGCAGGCACAUGAUCAAUGAGGUUGAGAGAAAAAUACAAAAAGGCAAGCAAAGGUUGGAGUUAAUGAAUUCUAAACCUGAAGGUCCACCAAUGACACAGGCACAGACAGAAAAAAAUCAGGAACAGGUUUCAUUGCUCUCGGAUAAGAUUGCAGCCCUUAUGCAAGAGGCAGAGGAAGCUGGUACGCGCGGCGAUGUCGAACAAGCCCAGGGAUUAAUGAAACUGUGCGAUAGACUCAAAGAGGAAAAAGAACAGCUUCUCAAGCAACAGGAAAAUAGCCACUGGUCCAUGACUGCUGAGUUAGCGGCCGCACAAGAGAAACAAAUGGAGGUGUGUCCAGUCUGCGGUGCGUUUCUGAUUGUGGGAGACGCGCAACAGAGAAUUGACGAUCAUUUGUCGGGAAAACAACAUGUCGGAUACUUUAAACUUCGCCAAGCAUACGAGGAGAUGAAUGAAGCUCGUGAGAAAGAACAACAAGAGAAGGAGAGGAGACGUCGUGAGGAGAGGGAGAGAGAGCGUAGCGCUCGCGGCGGCGGCCUUGGAUCGGACAGGCGCGAUAGAGAGCGCAUGGAGCGAGAUCGCGAAAGGGAUAACGACCGAGGGGACCGCGGCAGGGACCGUAGUGAGCGGGGGGACAGGAGCGAACGGGAGAAAGAUAGAGAACGUCAUCGGUCAAGUCGCGAAGAGAAGAGUUCACGUCACGAGGAUCGCGACCGCGACAGGGAGCGCGAUCGUGACAAGGAACGCGAGCGCGAUCGCGACCGCAAACAUCGCAAGGAAAGAAGAUCUUCCCACGAGCGGUCACGUCGGCGAUCUCGCGACCGCCAUUAGCAACUGACUGAGGUAUCACAAAAGCGCCUGAAACCGUUGCCAAUCCGUUGAAGAACACUGGCCUACGCUGCGACAUAGAGGUACUUAUGAAAUUAAGGUGCUGAAGACGGCAAAGCUAGCGACUCCACAUCCACGGUUUCGAGGUGACAUAGAAUAGUCACAUAUGUCUAUAAGAUAAUAUCAAUGUUAGAUAUUGAUUCCAAUAUUAUACGUUAUUAAGAAUGCAUGUAGUCCGAUUAGGACUUUUUAUUUCCAUUUAGACAAUUAAUGUUUGUAAUGUGUAAACUACCUCUUAAGUCUUUGAUCCCUAGGGAGGUCACUUAUUGUAUACCAGAUCCCACUGUGGAGACAUUCAGGUAUUUAUCAAAUUAUUUUUAUUUAAUUUAAUUACAAUGUUAAUGUGAUUUAUUUUGUCACGUAUUCAUUGAAAGUGUGAACUCAUAGGGAGUAUUUUCGAAAAAUAAAAAUAAUUAUUAAUAA